AUGAAGCUGUGAAACUCAGUGUCAGGCUGAUUUGUGCUGGUUCGUCUGCAUGAAUUCUCCACACAAACCUUGAAUCUAUCGCUCCCGCUCUGUAUCUAAAAUGUGAGUAAAAUACUUUCACACCUUUAAGGAAACAUAAAUAUUGUCACACAUUAAGACAUGCAGCUGAUUUUCUUUUCCCAUGUGGACGUACAUUUAAAGGUCUAAUUUUCUAAAGCUUGUGUGAUGUCGUUUUGUUUUUUGUUACGUCAGGACAUGAAUGAAAUGUCCUCACUCAUGUCGACAUUUUACACGUCACGUGUGUGCGUGUGUGUGUGUGCGUGUGUCGCAGUUCUCUGAAUGACACUCUGCUUGUUUCCUGUCGAGUCGCUCAGUCGCUCUGAACCAUCACAAACAUGGCCAUAUGCAGGAAAGACAGCUUUCUGUGGGGGAGAGCUCAUCCCAGUCUCCCAGCGGCAGAGAGCAGGCCGGGUGAAACCAUUAAGAUUCACAAGUCUGAGCUGCUGGAUGACAUUCAGAAUCUGAGGCCGCAGAUCAAACCUGUCGAGACACAGAUCCACAGACGCGAAGUCGAGGAGCAGAAUAAAAAUGUUGUUAGGAACCGAAGAUUCUUACGCGGGAAGAAGAAAUUCAACAUGGACCCAAAAACAGGUUUUAUUUAUCUGGUCACAAACAACCUGCUGGAGUGGCGAGCAGAGUCUGUGGCCGAGUUUCUGUACAAAGAGGAGGGGCUUAACAAGACCGCGAUCGGAAACUUCCUCGGAGACAGGGAGGACAUGCAUCUGGAGACACUGAAAGCCUUUGUGAGUUUACAUGAAUUCUCUGACCUGAAUCUGGUGCAGGCGCUGAGACAGUUUCUGUGGAGCUUUCGUCUGCCGGGAGAAGCUCAGAAGAUCGACAGGAUGAUGGAAGCGUUUGCAACUCGUUACUGUGACUGUAACCCCGGAGUCUUUCAGUCCACAGACACGUGCUACAUCCUGUCCUUCGCCAUCAUCAUGCUCAACACGAGUCUCCACAACCCCAACGUGAAGGACAAACCCAGUCUGCAGCGCUUUGUCUCCAUGAACAGAGGCAUCAACAACGGGGACGACCUGUCCACCGAGCUGCUCGCGAAACUCUACGCCAGCAUCCGCAGCGAGCCCUUUAAAAUCCCAGAGGACGACGGCCACGACCUCACGCUGACCUUUUUUAAUCCAGACAGAGAAGGCUGGCUGCUGAAGAUGGGUGGACGAGUGAAAACCUGGAAGAGGAGGUGGUUUAUUUUGACAGACAGCUGCCUGUACUACUUUAAAUACACCACAGACAAAGAUCCAAUCGGAAUAAUUCCUCUGGAGAAUCUGAGUGUCAGGAAACUGCAGGAGGGCAGCAAAUCUUAUUGUCUGGAGUUGUUUAAUCCUAAAGGACAGAAGAUCAAGGCCUGUAAGACGGAGAACAAAGGUCAGGUGGUUCAGGGCAAACAUCGGUCUUAUAAACUCAGCGCAGCCAGUGCAGACGAGCGCGACACCUGGAUGGACGCCAUCAGGGCGAGCGUCACCAAGGAUCCUUUCUAUGACCUGGUGUCUCUGCGCAAGAGGAAGGUCAUCUGCAACGCUGACCCCACCGACCUCAGUGGAAACAACACGUGACUCCUGUUCCUGUCCCUGUUCCUGUUUGUUUUUCUGUUUUUUACGAUGAAACAGAAACUACAGUAAGUCGGACGGCGUUUCACAAACCUCAACAAACUGGGAAAUGAAACUUCUGCAAGCUGUUUGUGACUCUCGGGGGUUCAGUUACUCGUGUUACUUCUGCAAACUGACACACACACACCUGCUGCAGGGGGCGGAGCCUGAAACACGCUCAUCCCACCCGACCACAUCCUAGUGUCAAGGAUGGAUUAACUGUACUGGAUGCAGGAACAGAGCGACCUCUACUGGACUUUCAUGUUACAAUCUUUCUUUUUCUUUUUUACAUACCCAUGCUAAAUCUGAACUGACACCAAAUCCAUAAUCUAGAUCAGAUCUGGAUGAAACCCAGUCCGAUGGUAGAAUAUGUGAUCCUGCAUACAGAUACUAGAUUUCAUUCCAAUACGUUUAUAAGUUUUGCCCAUUAUAAGAGAGUGGGAUAUUUAGCCAAUUUGAUUGCAUUAUGUGACAUCGUCAGUGGGCGGAUUCUUACCAACAUUAAAUGGGAGCAUACUCGGGUGAUCGCCUACCCGGCAGAAAAAAUUCCGAUUGGUUGGACAAAUUUACAGAUGAAUCCGUGCCGAUGAAAAAAAGUAAUAUAAACAGGAAAAUGGCAGCAGCAACAACAACAAAAAAAGAAACAGAGGGUGUGAAAGAAAUUGACACCAAAUCGGGAUCAGAUCUGGAUGAAACUCAGUAUGGUGGUAGAGAGUUUGAUUCUGCAAUUUCCUUCAAAUCAAUUGAUGGUUUAUUUUUAAGUUUUGCCCAUUAUAAGAGAGUGGGAUUUCUUGAAAAUUUGAUCACGUUUUGUGACGUCGUCACUGGGCGGAUUCUUACCAAAAUGGGAUGGGAGCACACUCGGGUGAUCGCUUAUCCAUCACGAAAAAUUGGGACUGGUCCGACAAACUUACAGAUGAACCCAUGCCAAUGAAAACAGGACUUAAAGUAGUGUAAACUGAAAAAAUAACAAAAAAGAAACAGAAACCUCAAAGAAUGAGCAACUCUUACCUCCAGUUUAUUAUAAUCAAUUUUAUUUAUUUACUUUUUCUUUUAAUGCUUCUUUGGCUACAAUAAUUGUAGGUGUCUAAUAAGUGUCUCCAGCUUUGUAAAAGUGUUUCACACUUUUUAAAAAAUGCUUUGCACGUCCAGGCCACCAUACCAAAAAAGACACAAACUUGCAAAGCAAAAAGCACAGAAAAUGUUUAUAAACAAACACAAACAUGACACUUUUCUUACUUCACUUCAUAAAAUACAAACCUUUUUUUAACUUUAUAACAAGCUCUUAAUUUAUCUGAUCAUUAAGUAGAAAUUGUACAGUGAAAUGUAAUUUUAUGUAUAAAUGCCUGUGUUUUAUAAUUUAAUAUGAUUCAAACUAAACUGUUGUGUGUUUUAUUUUGGCGAGCACGGUUGUGUGGUUGUGUUGUUUCC